CACAUUGCCUGCAUUGCAUGAGAGACCGUUGGAUACCUAAGUGAAGACAUUGGGCGCACAUAUUAUAUAUUAGUCAAGGCCGUGGGUUUCUGUACAACGCCUGUGACGCUAGCAUGGCUAGACAUCUGCUGCUCUGCGGAGCCGUGAUUCUGUGCCUGUGCUUUGCACAUGUGUCUGCAGACGCCGUGUCGUCGGUUGCUGGCUCACCUGAGCUCUCCAAGGCUCUUGCGGAGCACAACUCCACACUCGAGGACUCUUGGGCAACAGUUCUUGCCGCAACCUUGCUCUCCAACAACAACGGCGACCCCAAGGCGGCCAAGGAGGAUCUGCUUCGGGUUGCAGCACAGACGGCCAUCACUAUGGAGGCUGACAGCAAAGUGGUGCCCUCUGGUGCCAACUUCAUCCAGUACAUCACCAGGAGCUUUGCAAAGUCCUUCCUGGAGAGCGCCACAAGGGAUGGCGACAACUCUGCUGAGGGCAGCGGAGAUGGCAACAAGCCCACCCUCUACGAGCUGCUGACCACACCCCUCCCCGAGGUGCUGCAGAAGGACGGGUCUAUCGAGGCGUUCCAGCAGCUGUUGUCAGAUAUCGCCAACCCCACCAGCCUGGCGAGUUUUGACCCCGAGAUCUUCAAGGCAGCCCUCACCGGGGUGGGCGUGGAGGCGACAAUUGUGAAUUUCGCCCCCUGCCUUGUGUCCAAUGCGUACACCGGCGUUGCCAUAAACCAGAACCUCUUCUCCAUCUCUCCAACUCUGCUCAAGUUCGACCCCACCGGAGUCAAUGUUGGCGCAACUCUGAUCGGCAUCGAGCCUUCUCUGAUUGACAUCGGUCCUGCCGGCGCGUUGGCCGGAGCCGGGGGCAUCUCUGUGGGCCCAUCACUCAUUGAUAUCUCCCCCGGAGGCCGCUCCGAUACCUUCGUUCCCUGAGCGCUGAUAUAUUUGUUCCCCGGGCCCGGGGCCUGAUACCUUUUAAUCCCGGGCGCUGACAUCGUCACUCCUCAAUGCCCAUUCCUUAUGAAGUUCCCCUGGGGGAAUACGUUCAUCCUCUGAGCGCUGGCAUCUUCGCUCUGCUCCCUGGGAGGCCUGAUAUCUUCGUUCCCUGAGCGCCAAAAUCUUUGUUAUCCUGAACGCUGACAUCUGUGCUCCCUGGUUGUGGCCUGAUAUCUUUGCUUCCCUGGCGCUGAUGCCUUUAUCCUCUAGGCGCUGAUACUUUCUCAUUGCUCCCCGGGUGCUGGUACUGCGUUGUCGCAGCAGCACUUUGCAGCUUCCUUACAUGCAGAAAGCAAUUGUGAGUUUAAGACCUUGACCUUACUCUUUUGAUGGAGUAUCAGAUUGCAGCACUGACGCAGAUCCCUGCACUCACAUGGCUGCGUUCAGCUGAAGUUAAUUCAUGGACCUAACUAACGACGGUUCCAGGGGAUCUGACAGUUUUAUUUUGAUGAUCAGGGACUCUUUGAAUCAAAAUGCAUGCAAGAAGUCCAUUGCAAUGUGCAGAUUGUCUACCAUCUCGCAUUCUGGGAAGUACUGUGAAGAGGGUGAAGUGUGCUUGAUGUUGGAAUUGUCAGAACUGAAAAGAAUGGGUCACAUGCAUGCUUACUAAGCAAUUAUGAUAUUGGCAGCCACUUCUGUGGCUGCAAUUGAAGUCAGAGCCCUCCCCACUGUCGUUUUCAAGUGGCAACGCACCGUUGAGCUGAUGCUUGCAAGUACUGGACUACCAAUUUUGACUCAUGUUCAGUUUGUAGGUGUGAAGCACUUCUUGAAUUAUGACUUCGUGUAAACACUUUCAUUUAUC